UCAUGAAAUUUCAAAUUUCAAACCCAGAAACCCCCAAAAAUUAUACCUUGAUUUAGUCACCUUGAUCUCUCCCACUAGCAUCUUAUCUAUUGGUACUGGACACUGAGUGCUGAGCUACCAAGUGACACCACCGGUCAAUCAUCAAUGUUCGAAGAAGGAAAUGUAGCUAGCAGUGUCUUUGGAUGGAUUUCAAUAGCAUGCUGGAUUGUCGUAUAUUCUCCUCAGAUAAUUGAGAAUUACCAACUAGAGAGCGGGGAGGGUUUAUCUCUCCUUUUCAUCUAUGUAUGGUUGUUGGGUGAUGUAUGUAAUCUUAUGGGCGCAGUGAUGGCUGGAUUGCUGCCUACCGUAAUUAUUCUUGGAGUUUAUUACACUUUAUGCGACACAACAUUGCUUUGCCAAGUAUAUUAUUACCGAUGGAAGCGGCAAACCGGGCGGCACGUUGUACCUGUGCACAUCCCAGGGGAGGUUUCCGAAGAAACUUGCCUUAUUGCUGAUAAUCGCUCGGCGGAUCCCUCCGAAAGACCAGGGCCCUCGGUCACGCGAAUUUUUGUGCGGUACCUGGCCGCUGUCUCAUUCAUAUCAGCCACUGGUGUGGCGGCGUAUUGUAUCAGCAAUUGGCUUCCCAACGAUGAUACUUCUCCAGCCCUUCCAGAUACGAAGUUGGAUUGGCACGUCCAACUAAUAGGGUGGACCAGCGCCACUGCUUAUCUUGGUGCCCGGCUACCGCAAAUAGUCAAGAACUUCAAGACCAGAUGCGAGGGCCUUGCUCCUGGGUUAUUUGUCUUCUCUAUCCUAGGAAACAUGACAUACGCAUUAUCUAUUAUUGCUGCAUCUCGCGACGCAGACUAUCUGAUCAGGAAUGCAAGUUGGCUAGCAGGUAGUGGUUUGACCAUCUUUCUCGAUAUACUUGUGCUCAGCCAGUUCUUCUAUUACGGAUUUAUUUCGGGGCAGAGAGGCUGGAUCGAUAGAGUUCCGGCGUAAGUGUAUCCCCGUUCAGCGUUGCCAUUAGACGACCGUACGUUACUGUUUUCCAAUAGAAUUUUACGAACUUAGGCAUACGCUAUCUAUUGUAUCUUUAUUUUGGCUGGGCUGACG